AGAGAAAGAAAUAGAGGCAUUCACGCAAGCUCACGCAAAUACUAAAUGAAGCCGUCUUAAAUUCUAAGUAUUAACCGAAACGGCCGUCGUUUUGCCCAGGAAAUAGCAAAGAAACUAAUUUUCCUCCUCCGUCACCGUUUACCUGUUUCUUUUCGUUUCGUUUCUUUUUCAAUCCACUUUCUUCUUUUUUCUUUUUUGGCUUCCUCUAUUUUCCAUUUGCCAAAGAAUCGAGUCGGCAAUGAGUUCUGAUCUCAAACUGCAAAAAUCAGAAGCUGUAGCUUAAUCGAGUUCGAGUUUCGAGCUCGUGCUUAGAUCUGUUUUCUUUUUUUUCUAAUUUGAUUUUCUUUUGUUCAUUAGAAAGUGAAUUGAAUUGAAUUGAUGGAUCUGAGAGGUUCCGUUUUGUUCUUGGCAAUUAUUCUGAUCGUUGAAACAUACUUCGUCGUUGCGAAUGGAAAUUUCGUGUUCCAGGUGGAGCGUCGAAAAACGCGUUUGGGAUUAAGCGAUGUUAGAGCGCGUGAUGAUCGUAGAAGAGGUAGGAUUCUCUCUGCGGUGGAUCUCAACCUUGGCGGCAAUAGUCAGCCUACCGAGACCGGGCUGUAUUUUACAAAACUUGGGCUUGGUUCUCCUCCAAAGGACUACUAUGUUCAGGUUGAUACAGGAAGUGACAUUCUCUGGGUAAAUUGUGUUGACUGCGCAAGAUGUCCCAAGAAAAGUGAUAUUGGUAUAGACUUGACUCUCUAUGAUCCAAAGGAAUCCAAAACUUCAGAAUUGGUUCCUUGUGACCAUGAAUUUUGCUCUUCCACAUACGAUGGUCCAAUUCCUGGUUGCAAGGCUGAUAUUCCCUGUCCAUACAGCAUAACUUAUGGGGAUGGAAGUGCAACUUCUGGAUACUACGUGCAGGACUACCUUACUUUUAACCAUGUUAGUGGUAAUCUCAAUACCGCACCGCAAAAUAGCAGUGUCUUUUUUGGGUGUGGCAAUGUACAGUCUGGGACAUUGGGAUCAUCUUCUGAUGAAGCCCUUGAUGGAAUAAUUGGUUUUGGACAAGCAAAUUCUUCGGUGCUUUCACAGCUUGCUGCAUCUGGAAAGGUGAAAAAAAUAUUUUCACACUGCCUUGACAAUGCUAAGGGUGGUGGAAUAUUUGCCAUAGGGGAAGUGGUGGAACCAAAAGUCAAAACAACUCCAUUGGUACCAAGAAUGGCACACUACAAUAUCAAUUUGAAGGAUAUUGAGGUUGGCAGUGAUAUUCUACAACUUCCGACAGAUAUAUUUGAUUCUGGAAGUGGGAAGGGAACUGUAAUAGACAGUGGAACAACCUUGGCUUAUCUCCCAAGCAUGGUUUAUGACCAACUAAUUUCAAAGGUCUUGGCUGGGCAGCCUGAACUGAAAUUAUAUCUCGUUGAGCAACAAUUUACUUGUUUCGAGUAUACUGGAGAGGUGAUAUCUGGUGUAUUGGAUGGCAGAAAGGUGUCUCACAAAGUAAAAAUGGAAGGGACAUGACUCUUCUUGGAGAUUUGGUGCUAUCAAACAAACUAGUCGUAUACGACCUUGAAAAUAUGGCCAUUGGAUGGGUUGACUACAAUUGCUCCUCUAGCAUUAAAGUGAAGGAUGAGAAGACUGGAACAGUAUAUACAGUGGGCGCACACAAUCUAUCUUCAGCUUCUACCUUCUUAAUUCGAAGAAUAUUGACAUUCUUUUUGUUGCUAAUUCCCGUGUUAAAUUGUUUAACUAACUAGGUUCUUGUGUUAUACGAGGGAUGUGUCAUUCAUUCGAUUUUUGUUGUACCAUAAUUCGUUUUGUGAUAAAUGUGCAGUGUUAACGAUAUGGUAUAGUUUAAAUAUUUAUCAUUAAUGUAUCCCCAAAAAAGAUAUCAUUGAAAAAAGGGCAUCUUUUUUUUGUAUAACUACUACUUUCUUCUUCUCUAGGAAACAUUUUUAAGUU